AUGACAGGGCCUGUGACACUACCGGAGAAAAUCAUCACGGCCUCCAAGGGACAGAUCGUGCUCACCCAGCCAGCAGAGUCCCUUCACGUUACUCCAGGAGAGAGAGUCUCAAUCACCUGCAGGGCCAGUCAGAGCCUCCUCUACACAGAUGGAAAGCACUACUUGUCCUGGUACCAGCAGAAAAAAGGACAGCCAAUCAAAGCCUUCAUUUACCAUGCUUCAGUCAGGAUUGAUGGAGUCCCCACCAGGUUCAUUGGCAGUGGAUCUGGGACAGAAUUCACCCUCACUAUUGAAGAUCUUCAGCCUGAGGACUUUGCAGUUUAUCACUGUCUUCAAACACUGAAGGGGCCUCACACGUUCGGUGGAGGGACCAAAUUGGAAAUCAAACGGGCUGAUGCUAAGCCAACUGUCUCCAUCUUCCCACCAUCCAACGAUCAGUUACAGACUGGAAGCGCCUCAAUCGUGUGCUUCCUGAACAACUUCUACCCCAAAGACAUCAGUGUCAAGUGGAAAGUAGAUGGCAGUGAGAAACAAGGCUCUGUCGACAGUUUGUCUGAGCAGGACAGCAAAGACAACACCUACAGCAUGAGCAGCACCCUGACGUUGUCCAAAUCAGAGUAUGAUAGCCAUAGCGUGUAUACCUGCGAGGCUACUCAUAAGACAUCAACUUCACCCAUCGUCUCGAGCUUCGACAAGAACCAGUGUUAGAGCCCGAGGUCCUGACGCACCACCACCUGCUCCCGAGGGCCAUCCUCAAUCUUCCCUCCUAAGGUCUCAGAGCUGUCUCCACAGCUGACCUUGCCGAUGUUGCAGUACUCCAAACCCUCUCCCCACCUCAUCCCCCUCCCUUUCCCUGGCUUUUAUCAUGCUGAUAUUUGGGGAAGAUAUUGAAUAAAGUGAUUCUUUG